AUGUAUUCAUUGAUCAGCUAUCCAUUUUAUUUUAAGUUUUUGUUUGCACCAAUAAUUGACUUGUAUUAAUUUUAAUUCCUAGGCAAACGAAAAAGGUAAUUGUUAAAAUUAAUAGAGUAUAGCUAUAUUUUACCAAUAAAUUUGUUAUUAUCAGUAAUACUUUUAUAUUUGUCGAGUAUUGACAUUUUAACAAAUUACUACAUUUUAUGGAUUUUAGGAUUAAUUUUGUGUUUAUUUCUUGGAAUUUAAGAUAUAGCAAUAGAUGGAUUAGCAACUGAUUUAUGUAAGUAAUAAGGAGAAAGUGCUGCAUUAUUAUAAAAUAUUGGAUUUACAAUAGGAAAUUCGUUUCUUGGAAAUUUCUUAUUUAUUGCAUUGUAUUCUUCACAAAAUUGCACACUUGAGACAUUCUUUAUGAUAUUAUCAAUAGUAGGAUUAAUAUUGACUAUUUUCUUGUAUCUAAAUUUGUGUGAGAAGGAGGAGGAAGUAAAGAGAGCAACUACUUUUUAAGACUUAUUGAGUGUUAUUAAAUCAUUUUUUAAAAACGAAAAUAUGAUCACAUAUUCAUUAUUAAUAUUCUUUGAAAGGUAAAUAUAUGAUUAAUAAUUAGAACUGCAUUGUCUUCAUUAGAUGCAACAUUCAGAUUGAAAUUAAUAUAAUUUAAUAUCAACAAAACUUACAUUUCUUUUAUUGAUACAAUAAUUUUACCAUUGAAAAUAGCAACAGGAUUAAUCUAUCACUAAUAUUUUUAUAAAUAUGAUUUUAAGUAUUAUAGUUUAUUUAAAUAUAUUUAGAUAUUAUGGAAACAUUCAAUAUUUGAGAUUAAUUUCUACAUUCUUUGCUAUUAUCACAUUAUUAUUGAUUGAUAAAUUUGAAUUGGAUGGGCCAUUUAGUUAUAUUGCUAUAUUCUUUUCAAAUAUGUGUUGGUGGAUUAUGUUUAAUAUUACAUACAUUGUUAGAGUAUUGGAUAUUUAAUUUAAAUUUAAGGGUAACUUCUAAAUGAAAAUAACUACUCCUGGAGUCGAAGCCACUACUCUGACUAUACUUAAUAGCAUCAGUCAAUUAGGUGUUAAGUUGGCAUUUUCAAUAAAUUUGAUUAUGGCCAAUUAUGUAAAUUAUUAUUGGUUGUUAUGUGUUGGAUGGAUCAUCCAUUUACUUUAUUGUUUUAGAUACUCAGAAAUCUACAGAAAUUUGUACAUGUAGCCCAUUCAAAAGUGGUAUUUAAAUAAAUAAAUAAAAUAAAUUUGA